GGUCGGGUGCGCGCGGGGCUCGCGUUCCGAUCGGCGGUAGCGGCGCAGGCCGCCAACCUAACCGUCGACUAGUCGAUUCGCUCGCGGUCGGCAACCGUCGUAGUUGCUGCCGCCGCCGCCGCCGCUGCCGCCGCCGCCGUCGUCAUCGACACUGUCAGUGAUAACGGCCGAACGCGAUAACGGUCGCUCGUCUCAUUUGAGGUUAUGUUAUGUUUUGGGAGAAAGAUUUUCGCGACUUCCAAACGCAAUCUCGACGUUUUGGUUUCCGGCGCCGCCGCGGCCCGAAAUCCGGUCAUCGCACCGUGGUGCCGUUUCGCGUUGUGCGCCGUCCGCCGCCGACAAAUGGAUACGCUGCAAGACCGACCGCUGUUCGCCGUGAUUGGGUGCACGGGCACGGGCAAGACGAAGCUCGGCGUGAGGCUGGCCAAGGAGUUGGACGGCGAAGUCGUGUCGGCCGAUUCCAUUCAGGUAUAUAAAGGCUUGGACGUGGCCACCAACAAGGCGACAGAGGAAGAGACCGAUGGAGUUCCGCACCACAUGAUGGGUACCGUGGACUUAGGCGUCGAAUGCAACGUACACGGGUACAGAGACGAAGCUUUAAAAAUCAUACAAGACAUUUACUCGAGGGGCAAAAUACCGGUUCUGGUGGGCGGCACGUCGUAUUACAUCGAGUCGAUCAUCUACAACUACCUGGUACGGAAAACGACUGAAGACGUGGAAGACGACGACGAUGAUGACUGUGGCGGCGGCGUGGGACCGGAAGCGCCGGACAACGAUGACCUAACCGUCGACUUGUCCGCGAAGGCUUUUCAAGAGUACGCCAUGUUCCGGAACGUCAACGACGUGCCGACGGCGGACACUGUGGACGGGGCCGGUCGCAUGUACGCGGACACGUUGGCCGAAGCGGUCCGGUUCGUGCGGACAAUGGCGGCUGUCGGACGGUUGCCGUUCAAACGGUAUCGGAACACGUUCGUCGCCGCGGACGACGAACGCCGAGCCGAGUGGCCAUCCACGGUGGUCGACUGCGAGACGGCCGCGGUGUUCGCGCACGGCGUCCGCGUGUUGGACGCCGUGGCCGGGGCGUUGCGACGCGAGCCGCGGACGCCGUCGGUGGACGAGUAUUGCGGCGACGGCGGCUACGAGGUGUCGGUCGCGGACGUGGUGACCGGCCACCGCGAGCGGUACGCACGCGCCCACGUCAUGUCCAGGCUGGACGCUGUGUUGGCGGCUGCUGGACGCGCGCCAGCCGUAGAACCGGCCGUCACGGAAGCUUUGUGCCGGACGUGCGCUGAGCUGGAGAAACGGACGCAGCGGUUGGCUCUGGCCCUGUUGGUGGACAACGAGCGGACGGCCUGUAGCCUGCUGUCUCCCAACGCGCUCAAGGUGCACGCCUCGUACUUCGACCCGUUGGCGGCCAAGGAGCUUCACCCACACAACGUCCGUAAGGUUUUUAGGACCAUACAGAUCUACCUGAUGCGAGGCAAACAGAAAAGUAAAUUUUUCCAAGAACAAAGAAUUCAAGUGAAUGGGUCUGAUGUACCUGUGGUGACUCUGCGGUUUAAAGAAGUACAUAUGAUGUGGCUUACCUGUGAUGUGGACGUUUUAAACAAUCGUUUGGAAAAACGCACGGACGAAAUGGUUAAGAGAGGACUGGUCGGCGAACUUUGUGAGUUCAAAAACCAACUGGUUAAAUCAACUGGUACGAAACAUUUUCGUUUGGACUUUACGAAAGGCGUGCUACAGUGCAUCGGCGUGAAACAGUUCCAGCAGUACCUGGAGCUGUCGGAGGACAGUCGUCGCACGGAGAAGGGUCGCAAGGCCCUGGAAGACGCUCUAACCGCCAUGAAGUACGUGACCAAAAAAUACGCGAGGCGUCAGAUGCGAUGGAUAAACAACCGUUUUCUCAAAUCCGGUGACAAACAGGCUGUCUCGGUGUACCGACUGGACUGCACUGACCUCGCGGACUGGCAACGGUUGACCGACCAGGCAGUGGAUCUGGCCAAAGUCGUGUUGGGCCGAAAGCCUCGCACGGAGAGCACGUUGAAGCCAAUGGAAAUUACCGAGCAGAAGAACGUUGCCUUGCCCGUGUAUGGAGAUUAUUACUGCAACGAUUGUUCCAGACUGUUUUCCAAUGAUAUACAAUACAACAUUCACUUGACUUCAAAGAAGCAUGCAAGAGUGAUGAAGAAACGAAAAAGAAAACUUCAAGAUAUAACUUUGAAUUGUGAUAGCGACGACGAAGAUAAAUCGAAAACUCAUAAGAGUAACUCAUAAGUAGACUACAAACAAAAAGCUUUUGUAUAUUGUUAGUUCGAGUAUGAUAGUAUUGUUAUGUAUUUAAACUUUAUUCAUUUACAAAUUUAAAUAACAUAAAUUACAGAUUUAAACCUUAAAAAUUAUGUUAUUCUUGAAUAUGAUUACUCAACUGAGUUAAAUUUUAGUCAUUAAACCAUUAUUUUUUCAAUUGCCAAUAUCUAUUUUAUAAAGAAACAUACUUCAGAUUCUGUUUGUACGCUUAAAAUUGGAUCUACUUCUUUUUUUUAUUCUUCCAUACUUCAUAAUAAUAUACCAUGUCA